CUCAGCCCCCCAAUUAAAAGUAGCUUAAUCAUUCUGACAGCUGCAAUCACCAGAAGGAGGUAAUUUCAUUACAAAGCCCCACCCCUCCAAUCGUAUGAUUGGCGCGUAAGUCGCCAAAAUCUGGCAGCGCAAACCCUAAACAACGUCUAAUGUACACAGUCCGGCGGACUGUAUGACCCAAGCCGCCCGGCAAGCGACGUGACGAAACGUACAUGCGAACCAACCAGCACCAUCGUAACAUCGCCACCCCGACCACAGCCAGCGGACUAGCCUAGAAGCGCCGUCGGCUUAACGCCCCGUCCACGCCGACGUCGUUUGUCGGGCACCACGGUGCUUCCCGCCGAUGCCGGUAUUGUUGGUGGGAAAACGGAGAUAUCCACACGUUUGUUUACUGUAGUGACCUUUGGCGAGUAGUCGGAACAGGAUCCCCGUCUGUCUCUCCCGUCAGUGCACCACCAGAGCCGCUACGGACGCACGCUUCGGGUUGGCCGGGUAAAACAGCGGCCGCACUACGAUCUGACCGAGGUGGCAGCCAUGCAGCACUACAACAUGAACGGUUACAACAUGCAGACACUGAGCGCCAUGUACAACCUCCACGCGCAGGCGCAGCAGGCGCACCCUGAGUACGGCCCCAGUGUGCAUGCGCUGACGCUGGCGGAGAGGCUCGCAGGUACUCCUGUCCCUAAUAUUAUUCUGGAGGCGCGGUACGGGGCCCAGCACAGGAAACAGCGCCGCAGUAGGACAGCCUUCACGUCACAACAGCUGGCUGCCCUGGAGAAAUGCUUCCAGAAGACACAUUACCCGGAUGUAGUCAUGAGAGAGAGGCUGGCGAUGUGCACCAACCUGCCCGAGUCUAGAGUACAGGUCUGGUUCAAAAACAGACGAGCAAAAUGGCGAAAACGCCAGAAAAUGCAGCAGCAGCAACACCAGAAAGAAGGAGAUUCCAAGAAGGACGACGAAGACAAGGACGGCAGCGAAGAAGCCAAGACGGAGGAGACGUCAUCGACUGUUGUCUCAAACGAUUCCGAGAGGCCGUCAUCGUUAGACGUCACACCUUCCUCAACACUAGAACCAGUGCUAGGCGAUGACGGAAAUGACGUCACAGCCGGAAGUGACGGUUCUGAGUCGGAUGGAGGCGAAGAUGGCGCCUGCGCAUCUGCCAUUGAUGAUGCCAUACACCAAAGAGAAGAGGCUUCUGCCACAACGCCAUCGUCAGAGACAAGUGAGCCACUGAACAGGAAGAGAAGGGGUUCUGCCUCCAGCAUGCCGACCACUAGUGCAGGUCCUGAGAUCUCCCGAACGAUGAGUUUCCUGACGCCUGGUUACAACUCUGCCUACUCCAACUCUCCCCUCAGCCUGCUGCAACUCCAACAGCAGUUCCAGCAGCACACCAUGAACAUCAACAACCUGAACAACCACAUGUACCACCACCAGACUCACAUGCAGGUUCCGGGGCCAUAUGUUGGCAUUGACCAUCUCCAGCAUCAGCAGCCGUCUUUUCACGCGGCCCCGCAACCAGCGUGGUCCAGACCGCCCGUUCUACCUCCAUCAGUGCCUCCACCACCAGCAGUCAGCAAGGAUAUGCAAAUCAACAGCAUCGAGAGUCUGCGCAUGCGUGCUAGGCAACACGCAGCAGCCCUAGGGAUACAUUAUUCUGACAUAUGAUAUCCUGUCGUCUGACGUCAUUCAUGACCGUUGUUUUAAAACUUCUGAAUCAUUUAUCUUGCCAAAUCUUCUACAAUAUGCAUCAGAUGUCCUAUUUCCAACUAUAUCUUCUGUUUUGAACAAAAAUAAAUCGUUUUCUCAGCUGUUACAUGCAAGCAAGUAUUGAACUUUGUUGACAUUUGGUAAAACACAAAUUAUGACCUUCGGUACCUCUAAGAUGUAAGCGGUCAGUGUUAUGAAACCAGUGAAAAGUUUGAGUUGGCUUGAUGUUGACCAGAAUUGCCAACUCGGUGUACUGCAUCUCCGCCAUGAGUAAAUUAUCACAAUCCUAACUUUCUUAGCCAAUGUCUAGAUCAACUAUUUUCAAUGAGAGAAAAGAAAGCUGCACCUUUAUUAAAAGUGUUUAUGACGUAUGUAUUUAUGAGACUCAUUUGGAGGCCGGGACGGAAAUAAGCAUUGCAGAAUUGACGUUAACUUAUGAUGAAAGUGUUUGUUCCUUUCCUUUCUUUCCUUUUUUUUCGAGCGUAUGUGUGAAACUACUAGUAUGUAAGAUCUCGUAAAUUCUAACGAGAACGAAAUCUCGUAAAUUCUCACGAGAACGCGGGGUGUAGGUUACAGAAUAGUGGAUUGUUACAAUAGAUGGCGUCGACAAUACUAUGUGUAAGCGGUAGCCUUAACGGAACACAGGGUAACACUUUUGUAUGUACAAAGAGUAUAUAUUAUAUAUUAUAUAUUUGUUGCAAGCUUAAUGUUAUGCACUGUACAGCUGUGUUGGCAACAUUUUGAAUUGUCUAGGAAUUGAUUUUAUUGACUUUUGCGUAUUGGUUGCUUCAUCAUGUAGAAUUCUAUUGAUUAAGAUCCCAAAGAUGAUUCCGAUUUCAUUGGAAAUGAACGCUGUCAUAGAAAGUAAUUGUAUCUUGUGGUAGUUUUCACCAGCAAACACACAAAGCCAAAGAUACAACCUUUACGCAAGGUAGAAUUCUGGCAUCAUUGUCUAAAAACGCUUUUACAUUUAGUUCAAGUAAGCAAGUUUGAUAUGCCUAAUCAUCUAUAGAAAAAAUUGACCUCCUUGGUAAUACCAACAUCCCUGAGUGAAAGCGCUCCUAGCGAUUAUAUGCACUACAUUCCCUCUGUCAUACACGAGCCAUGAGAGACAUACAUUGUAUUUAACAAGACAAUAAAGGUUGUCGUAAACAUAUUGUGAUAAAUACAUUGCUCUUUUCAAUAUCUCUGAGGCAAUGUAUUUGGUAUCUAAUACAGACAUCCAGAUUGUAAUUGAGCAAAAGUAUAUCUAUGGCCGUUUGGUCAACGCGCAAAGUUACAUACAUUUCAAUAAAUUGCAUUUUAGAUAGAUUUCAACGAGCGAACCUUUUGCUAUGAAAGAGGUCAUCUAAAAUCUACAGCUUCAAAACAUUAAUGUUUACUAUUCGGUGACUAGUACUGCUUGUUUAUCAUUGAGAGAACUUUAUACAUUAACUCUGAAAGCGAAUUCCUAUUAUACCAUGCUUUUAUGAACAAGUAACAUUUUCAUGUUUCACGAAAUGCAGCAAAGACAUCAAGUACAUUAUAUAUGUAAUUAUUGUGUCCUCAAGGACAUAUACCUUGACAUAAGUAAGCUGCACUUAGCUUUGAAAAAUGGUAUCAUCCAUGAGUAAUGCUAAAAAUUGGAUGAACUUUACAAAAAUUAAUGGAUUGCUUUAGAAAACCGUAUUGUCACCAUGCUACAUGUUAGCAAUGACUUAAUAAAUAAAUCUGAGGGAAUUUAAUUCUGUGGCAUAUUCAAGGAUUAGAUGCUAUGUACAAAGUGCCUUUGCUACAUAAAUAGUCGUAUUGAAGAGUGAACGUGUAAGAGCUGUUUUAGUCUUGUGUUCUAUGAGGCAAGGUAGAAGCCUGACGCUGUGCACAACUGUAUAUUUUCUAGAGUGAUUUUCAGCGUUUUGAAGCACAAAAUUUGCUCAUUUGACAGAUGCUCACGUUAUGAUCUGUGAAUAAAACCUCACCUCUGUCCUUUAUA